CAGGGGAAGUGAAUGGAGCCGGGACUCGAAAAGAAGACGCGAGGAUUCACGCCGAGACCCUUCAGUCGGCCGCCAGUAGCAGGCCGGAGCAGCGAUUGUGGGCUCCCCGAGACCCGCGGAUACCGGAAGUGGGCGGGCCCCAGGCGGGAUAGCGCCCCUCGGUGGGGACCGGAAGUGGGCGGGGCCUGGGCGGGGCGGCCGGCCUGGACGCAGCCCCAGAGGGGCGGUGGCCCGGUCCGGCGGCCCCGGACACCUAGACGGGAAUCCUGCAGAGCCCGUCCGACCCAGCUACCAUCGGGAGCCCGCCUCUCGGAGCGUGCCGCGAUGGCGCCAGACUAAGCCGUCCGCCCGCAGCGGAGCAGCGCGGUAGGAGAUGGAGGACCCGGCGGGGCGGGGUGCCGAGGCAGAGCUGGGCCCGGAGGCGGUGCUGCGCUUCCUCACGGAGCGUGGGGGCCGGGCCCGGCACUCGGAGCUGGUGCAGCACUUCAGGGGCGCCCUGGGCGGCGAGCCAGAGCAGCGCGCCAGCGCCCGCGCCCGUUUCAAGGAGCUGGUCAACGCCGUGGCCACCGUGCGCACCGACCCCGCCGACGGCUCCAAGUAUGUGCACCUCAAGAAGAGGUUCUGCGCGGGGCCCCUGCCGCCCAAUGCCGCGUUCGCCGGGGCCCCGCCCCGCAUUGAGGUGACCGCUGAGCCCGAGGCCCCCGACGGCCCGCCCGGAGCCGAGGCUCGCAGUCCGCUCCCCGAGGCAGCGGUCCCCGGGCCGGGCCGCGAGCCGGGCGCUGGGGAGCCCCCGGGCGGCGGGGCGGGCAGGAAGAACUCGCGGUGCGACGUGCCGCCCCUGCCCCGGCCGCUGGCCCCUGAGCCCAGCGAAAACCCGGAACCCCCGCCUCACGGCGGCGAGGAGGCAGACGCGGGCAGCUCCCCUGGGGUGGCCACCACCCCGAGGUCCGCCCGCCAGAACUUCCGGGACCUGGUGAUGGGCAGCUCCCCGCAGUUGAAGAGGAGUGUGUGUCCUGGGGUUAGCAGCCCCGGGAGCUCCUCAGCAGGAGGACGCAGCCGAGGUGGGGGCGACUCGGACAGCGCUUCGGUGGCUUCGUCGUCUGCAGAGGAGGAGAGCAGUGGCGGAGGAUCGGUGACGCUAGACCCUCUGGAGCACUCCUGGAUGCUCUCGGCCUCCAACGGCAAGUGGGACAGCCUAGAAGAGUUGCUCGCCUGCGAGCCUGGCCUGCUGGCAAAGCGGGACUUCAUCACCGGCUUCACCUGCCUGCACUGGGCCGCCAAGCACGGGAGACAGGAGCUUCUGGCCAUGCUGGUGAAUUUUGCCAAUAAACACCAGCUGCCAGUGAACAUCAACGCCAGGACCAGUGGGGGCUACACCGCCCUUCACCUGGCAGCCAUGCACGGGCACGUGGAGGUGGUGAAGCUGCUGGUGGGGGCCUACGACGCCGACGUUGACAUCAGGGAUUACAGUGGGAAAAAGGCCUCCCAGUACCUGAAUCAGAGCAUCGCGGAGGAGAUAAAGAACCUGGUGGGAGCCCUAGACGAGGAGGACGGCGAAAGCGCUGCUGGUAGCGGGGGUGGGCGCUGGAGGCUUUCAAAAGUGCUCCCCUCGCAUCUCAUCACCUACAAACUCUCCCAUGUCCUGGAGGAUGGGGGCGAUCAUCACCACCACCACCAUCAUCACCAUCACCACUUGGCUGAAGGAUUGGCUGGAGGUAAAGGAAAAGAGCCAGGUCGCAAAGCCUUGGGCAGCUCGAGUGGCCGUAUAAAACCCAGACUCAACAAAAUCCGCUUCCGAACCCAAAUCAUCCACACCACACCCUCUUUCAGGGACCCAGACCAGCCACUGGAGGAGGGGGAGGAGGAGGAGGAAGAACGGUCUCUUAAAGGCCACUCAUCCUCCUUCAAAUUGAGACCAAAGUCCAAUGUAUUUGGGUAAAAAUAUUUCCUUUUAGAAAAUACUAAGGUUUAUUUGUCUUCAGAAAUAGAAUAGUAUUUGUGGAUAAGGAAAUUAAACCAGGGUGGUGCCUGUGGCUCAGUGAGUAGGACUCCAGCCCCAUAUACAGAGGGUAUCGGGUUCAAACCCGGCCUCGGCCAAACUGCAACCAAAAAAUAGCCGGGCGUUGUGGUGGGCGCCUGUAAUCCCAGCUACUCGGAAGGCUGAGACAAGAGAAUCGCGUAAGCCCAAAAGCUGGAGGUUGCUGUGAGCCGUGUGACGUCAUGGCACUCUACCGAGGGCGGUAAAGUGAGACUCUGUCUCUACAAAAAAGAAAAAAAGGAAAUUAAACCAGAAAAUACUGAGGCUAAUUAUGCAUUCUUGAGUUGGAAUGGAUGGGAAGGAGAUCUUUUCAGGGGGAAGUGGAAUUUUUUUUUUUAAGUUAUUCAUCAUACCUGACCUAUAUCUCUUUUCCCUACUCCACCUCUGUGCUGGAGUCCCUGCUACUGAAAAUCAGAAAUGUGUCUAAAUUGGGGGUGGGGACAGAAUUGAUGACUGUGGAUUCCUUUGCUUUAAGGAUUACUGGAUGCCCUGCAAAGUAAGGAAUAGUGCACUUUUAUGUAUCUGUUUAUAAGUGGUUACUCUUCCAAGAGAAACAAAAAAUGCAAAUUGUAAUGAAACUGGUAGUGUUUAUAAAGUGGAAAGCCACAUGCUGCCCUAUUUUGGUUUGGGGGGGUUCUUACUAAUUGCAUUCGUUUUUAAGGUACUACUGAAGAUUAGAGUUGAAAUGCAAAAAUACUAAUUAGAGAAUAAUGUGAAUAGAAUAAAAGGAAAAUCCUGUUGGUAUCCUAUUUCUGUUGUAAGUAGCAGUUCACUUUUUUAAAAGCAAUUUCAGUUCUAAUCAAAAAAUAAAAGAAAUGGGCAACAUCCACUUUUGAGUUGCCUAAUCUGUAGUAUCGUUUCCACUUAACUAUCUCUAGCCACUUAAGGUACACCACUGAUAAGGUACACCAGUGUUAAGGUACAUUAUUAAUUACUACACAAAUUUUUAUUUAAAGAAAAAACACUCUUAGCCUGUGGUACGUUUAAAUAAAACAUUGACUCAUUCUGAUUUUCACUGACUUGUGUUGCUAUUCUGAAAGUCUAAAUUUGCUGCAAUUUUUAUUCUGGGGAUCAUGGUUCUCUUUGGCAUAGCUCUAUUUCAUCAUGCCUAGAGCUGAAUUACCUACAGAAACUAUUUCUGGUUUAGGUAAUGAGCAAAAAUUGGCAUAAAUAUUAGUGAGCCCAUCCUUCUGUGAAGUAAUUAAACCAACUUUAGUGAUUCUCACAUAAGAUACACUUUUUAUUUUGUUAAUACAUUCAUAGUUUGCUUUGCAGUAAUGUUUUGCAUAUGCUGAAAAUGCUAAAUCCUUUCAAUUUUCCAACAUUUCCUUGAAUCUAUUAGAUAUUUAUGGUGUAGUUACUGAAAAGCUGUGUAGUAAAUCUACCCAGUUAAAAAUGGCACUUUAUGAAAGGGAAAAGAGAAGAGAUGGGACUAUUUCUAUAUAUA